UCUUCACUCCUUUUUCUUUCCAAACAGGGAAAAGUGUUCCACGACGCGGGAGCGCCUUUCCGCCUCGCCUUUUCCUCCCUGACCCUGGUCCCUGCUCCCGUCCGGGCGCCGAGCGCGGGAAGCCCCUUGGCGCAGGGGAGCUCCGGGGCCGGGGCGAGGAGCGCGGGGCCUGGGGGUGCGGGGCAGCUCCGCGCCGGCACAUGGCUGCUGCCCCCCGGCGCGCACCCCGAGGCGCCGCGCCCAGCUCGCCGAAGGUUCGUCCGCUGCACCCGGCCGCCCCGGAGCCAGGGAGCGGCUGAGCCGGGAGGUGCCCGCGUCCAGGAAUCGGGAUGACCGUCCUUCUCCUGCUGCUGCUGCUAGUUUCCUGCUAUGUUGGAACCUUGGGAACUCACACUGAGAUCAAGAGAGUGGCAGAGGAAAGGGUCACUUUGCCCUGUCACCAUCAGCUGGGGCUUCCAGAAAAAGACACUCUGGAUAUCGAAUGGCUGCUCACAGAUAAUGAAGGGAACCAAAAAGUGGUGAUCACUUACUCCAGUCGUCAUGUCUACAACAACUUGACGGAAGAACAGAAGGGCCGAGUAGCCUUUGCUUCCAAUUUCCUGGCAGGCGAUGCCUCACUGCAGAUUGAACCUCUGAAGCCCAGUGAUGAGGGCCGGUACACCUGCAAGGUGAAGAAUUCAGGACGCUAUGUGUGGAGCUAUGUCAUCUUAAAAGUCUUAGUGAAACCAUCCAAACCCAAAUGUGAGUUGGAAGGAGAGCUGACGGAGGGAAGCGACCUGACUCUGCAGUGUGAAUCAUCCUCUGGCACAAAGCCCAUUGUGUAUUACUGGCAGCGAAUCCGAGAGAAAGAGGGAGAGGAUGAACACCUGCCUUCCAAAUCCAGGAUUGACUACAGCCACCCUGGCCGCGUCCUGCUGCAGAAUCUCACCAUGUCCUCCUCUGGCCUCUACCAGUGCACAGCAGGCAAUGAAGCUGGGAAGGAAAGCUGUGUGGUGCGAGUGACCGUACAGUAUGUACAAAGCAUCGGCAUGGUUGCAGGAGCAGUGACAGGCAUGGUGGCUGGAGCCCUGCUGAUUUUCCUCUUGGUGUGGCUACUAAUCCGAAGGAAAGACAAAAAGAGAUAUGAGGAGGAAGAGAGACCUAAUGAAAUUCGAGAAGACGCUGAAGCCCCUAAAGCCCGGCUUGUGAAACCUAGCUCUUCUUCCUCAGGCUCGCGCAGCUCCCGCUCGGGUUCUUCCUCCACUCGCUCCACUGCAAAUAGUGCCUCACGCAGCCAGCGGACGCUGUCGACGGAAGCAGCACCUCAGCCAGGGCUGGCCACCCAAGCAUACAGCCUAGAGCGACCAGAGAGGAGAGGUUCUGAACCAAAGAGAGUCCACCAUGCUACUCUGACUAAAGCAGAAACCACAUCCAGCAUGAUCCCCAGCUAAAGUCGAGCCUCCCAAACUAUUUGUGAAACAGGCUGCUCAGCCAUAUCUUGAACAGUACCUGAGCCAAUUUUUUUUCCUUCUUCUUUCUUCUUUCUCUCCUUUCCCUCCCCUAGCCCAUCCCUGCCUCCAAGUAAGAUCCUGAUGUUAGCUCCCCAAAUGGUUAAGUGUUAACCAAUGUUUCCUCUAAGACUGUGGAAAACAAGUGACAUUGAUCUAAGCCUGUCAAAUAAGAGGAAGGAUGGCCCCAGCUACCCCCUGAGCUGAUGGGAUAAUGGCAGGAUAAGAUCAACAUGUUUGAGAUAGGACCACCAAAACCAAACACAAAAAAGAGAGCGCACAUUCCACAAGUCCCGAAAACUUAUGGCGCCUUUUCCCUUAAAAACCCGAACCCAUCGGUAGUCUGCGGAGACAGACGACUUUAGGAGGAGAUCAUUCCCCUCUGUCUCCAUAUACCGGUAUAUCUAAUAAAGCUCUUGCUACCCACCUCACCCCUGUCUCAAGAAUUAGCUAUUUGCU